GUGGCGCCCCCACUUCCGGCGUGGCGGGCGCCAUCUUGAUGAAAGCCCUCGCUCCCCGGCCCGGGCUCCAGCCAGGCCGGAACCCCUCGCGGCGGCCGACGCGCCUCGCCGGAAGCGGACGUGGACGGACGUACAGACCACGUACGCGCAGCCGACAUGGAGGCGACCUGGCGCGUCCUGGCAAGGGCGCGCCAGCUGCUGAGGCGGCCCGGGCCUGAGCUGAUUCCACGGAGGCUGCGGCACAAGGAGAAAUGGGCCUCCACCGAGCCAAAGUUCUCCUCUACCCGGCUGGCCCUGCAGAACUUUGACAUGAACUACAAGGUCCAGUUUGGAGACCUGUGGCCGUCCAUCAGGGUCAGCCUUCUCUCGGAGCAAAAGUACGGGGCCCUGGUCAACAACUUCUCCACUUGGGACAGAACCACCUCUGAGUUAGAGCAGCUCAAGGCCAGAGAUUUUGUGAUGGAGGCGAAGAGAAGGGUGCAGCAGCAGGCCUUUCCUGGAGAACCCAGUGCUCCAGUCCUUCCUCCAGAGCUGGAGACACACAGCCUCCCAGAAGCCUCCUGGCCCUGUAGCCCUAACCUACGCUGUUACACGUUUAGCAGAGGGGACAUCAGCCGCUUUCGUCCAUCCAGGGUCAGCAGCCUAGGUGUUCUCGACUACUACCUCAUGGAUGCUUCCUCCUUGCUGCCUGUGUUGGCCCUGGGUGUCCAGCCGGGUGACACCGUCCUUGACCUAUGUGCUGGGCCUGGUGGGAAGACGCUGGCGCUGCUCCUGACUGGCUGCUGCCGCCACCUGGCAGCUAAUGACAUCUCUGGCUCCCGAACCCAGAGACUGAAGCAGGUUCUGCACAGCUAUGUACCCCAGGAUGGGAGCCAGGUGCGAAUCACGUCCCAGGAUGGUAGGAAGUGGGGAGACCUGGAGAGGAACACCUAUGACCGGGUGCUGGUGGAUGUGCCCUGCACCACUGACCGGCACUCUGUCACGGAGGAGGACAACAACAUCUUCAGGCGCUCGAGGAAGACUGAGCGCCAGAUGCUGCCCAUGCUGCAGGUGCAGCUCCUGGUGGCUGGUCUCCUUGCCACCAGGCCUGGAGGGGUGGCUGUCUAUUCCACCUGCACCCUCUCCCACCUGCAGAAUGAGUACGUGGUAGGUGGGGCCAUUGACAUUCUGGCCAAUCAGUACCAGACAGAUGUCCAGGUGGAAGACCUGAGCUGCUUCCGGUAUCUCUUCCAGGACACUUUCUCCUUCUUCCCAUCUUGCCGCGUGGGCGAGCUGGUCCUCCCCGUCCUUUGGGCCAACUUUGGACCCAUGUACUUCUGCAGGCUACGCAGGCUAACUUAGCAGCUCGGCUUCCUGAGCCCCAUUCUGCAGCGCUCCUGUGGAUUUCCAGCAGAGUCCCUAGGAGGGGCUGGGAGGGAUGGAUGUGCUUUGUCCAAGUGGGUGGGAGAGCUCACACCUCCCCAGUAGUGACCUGGGUGUGAUUCACUUUGGUGGCUCCUGUAGAUGUGGGAGCAGAGGCGGGGCGAGACCUCUGCCCAGGCAGAAGGAGGCUUUGGCAGAGUGGCUACCUCUCUCCAUAGAGGCAGCUUUUCGGUGUAGGACAGAAGGUGGCCUUAGGGCUCCUUAACCGCUCCUGGCCCACUGCAAAGUGGGCUGGAGGUGCCGGCAGGGCAGGGGUUUUAACCUUUGUUUCCCUGAAGUUCAUCCCUGGGCCUGGCUUGCAGUAGGCAUUCAAUAAAAGCAUAUCGAUUGCUUUGAGGCUUCAGUUUU